CAGAGGGAGGAGAGCUCCGGGUCAGGGGCUGCUGUCGCCGCCACCGGGGAGUCCACCAGUCCGCCCGACCGCGUUUCGCGGGCUCUGCAAUUCAGGAUCACAUCGACCAGUAUCUGGCUUGCCCUCUGACAGAGUCAGCAGAAGGUGACUCCUCAGGUGUCUUCAGGAUGCCUGCGGCACUCGUGGAGAACAGCCAGGUCAUCUGUGAAGUCUGGGCCAGCAAUCUAGAAGAAGAGAUGAGGAAGAUCCGAGAAAUUGUGCUCAGCUACAGUUACAUUGCCAUGGACACAGAAUUUCCAGGUGUUGUGGUUCGACCAAUCGGUGAAUUUCGAAGUUCUAUAGACUACCAGUAUCAGCUUCUUCGGUGCAACGUUGACCUUUUAAAGAUUAUCCAGCUUGGCCUUACAUUCACGAAUGAGAAGGGGGAGUAUCCGUCUGGAAUCAACACCUGGCAGUUUAACUUCAAAUUCAACCUUACAGAGGAUAUGUAUUCCCAGGACUCCAUAGAUCUCCUGGCUAACUCAGGACUGCAGUUCCAGAAACACGAAGAGGAAGGGAUUGACACGUUGCACUUCGCGGAGCUGCUUAUGACGUCAGGGGUGGUGCUCUGUGACAAUGUCAAGUGGCUCUCAUUUCACAGUGGCUAUGACUUUGGCUACAUGGUAAAGCUGCUAACGGAUUCUCGUUUGCCAGAAGAGGAACAUGAAUUCUUUCAUAUACUGAACCUUUUCUUCCCCUCCAUUUAUGAUGUCAAGUACCUGAUGAAGAGUUGCAAAAAUCUUAAGGGCGGCCUUCAGGAAGUUGCAGAUCAGUUGGAUUUGCAGAGGAUUGGAAGGCAGCACCAGGCAGGCUCCGACUCGCUCCUGACCGGGAUGGCCUUUUUCAGGAUGAAAGAGUUAUUUUUUGAGGACAGUAUUGAUGAUGCCAAGUACUGUGGGCGCCUCUACGGCCUGGGCACGGGCGUGGUCCAGAAGCAGAACGAGGAUGUGGACUCUGCCCAGGAGAAGAUGAGCAUCCUGGCGCUCAUCAACAAUUUGCAGCAGUGAUGGCAGCGAGGCUCUGCGGGCCGGCCUGGCGCCGGCGUGGUGCUGACUGCGCUGACCAGUCGGUGCGCAAUUGUCUCCUCCCUGAGAGAAAACGCUUCUCUUGAGCGAACUGUACCUUCCGUCUGCGUUGAGCAGAAAGACUUCUGUUUUACUGAAGACAAGAGGUGUCUUUGAAACCCAGAAGAGGGGCGUUUGCUCUGAAUUUGUCAACAAGUCUUCCCAAUUCCUCAUCCCCAAGCCUCUCUCCAGUUGCCUCCUGCCACCAGCAUCCAUGGCUCAUAUGACACCUUUUUAAAUAUCCAGGACCAGUUGAAACAAACUAGUAAAAUGUAUAUAACUCUUACCUGUUGUCAUUCUUUUCUUUUGCCAAUGUGUUGCUAAUCUCUGAGGAUGAAGACACCUGACUGUGAUUCUCAGCUGAGCUGAGGGCAUCCUGGGAAGCUGGAACCGAAGGGCAUUCUUAGGAAGUGGGUGAUGGAUGUCCAGUCUCUUCCUCUUAAAAAAAAUCUCUCUCUCUAUAUAUAUACAUAUACAUAUCUACAUCUAUACAUGUAUAUAUAGCAUGUUUCUGACCCUCUCAAAGACGUUUGCUUUCCUCACACUUUGGUAGUCUGCUUUUAUAUGCUGUCAUGUGGAAAUGAAUUGCUCUGUGCUGAAAUUUGAAGACCAGAUAAUGAAAACUUCCCUUGCAAGCAAACUGAAUCUGUCUACUGAUCGCGGGAAACUUCACAAUAGGUAUCAAGGUGCCACCUAUGUGUCUUUGAAGUCUGUGUUUUGAUGUGCCACAGAUCGGCAGUUGUGUGCACCAUCUGAAAUCUUUUAAGUUUUCCUGUAAUGAGCUAACCGGGAUUUGAUCCUGGAGGAAAUGACUAAGAUCAUGUUUGGAUCAUGAGUCUCUCAUAUUUCCAGUCACGUGAUUUCUCACGGUCAUCUGUAUUCUCCCACCUCCAUUUCCUCUGCUUUUCUUUCAGUGAACUUGAGGAAAAGUUGGGGAGAUGGGUUCUUGUGAGUACCAGAAAUGUGAGUCUUUUAAAAAGAAUUUGCAGUUCCUUGUCAACAGUACAGUGAAAGAAGCAGUCUUUGGUUCUAGAAUACUUUUGGAGGCGUAUCCCACAGUUGCGGGAGGAAGCUCAGGACAUGGGAUGUUUUGUUUUUGAAAGCCAGUUGUUUGAGAAAUAAAGUGGCUCCUGAAUGACUAGAGGAUGGAGAAUUCCACAACCACCAAACCCCCUGCAGAGCGGUGCGGGUAGGGACGGGAGCUCACGGAAGUCGAUGCUAGGCUGGCAUUUUAACAACUCACAGGAAGCUCAAUUUGAAAUGAUUUGAAAAUGUCAAGUAUUAUUAUAAGCUGGUAUUUAAGAUGCCUGUAAAUAUUAUUUAUGUUUUUAAUUUUGUAAAAUAAAGAUUUUUUUUUUAA